AUGGCAAUGCUUCAGGGACGCAACAUCUUUCUGCGCGGCAUGCUGCGUCUAGAUGUUGUGCGUCGGACGUGCAUCUCGCCCGUUCCAUUUUCCACGUUAAUGAGACGACGUCACCCCGCGUCGCUCGCGCUACCUGAGCUGGGUAAUGGUGUGCUGAGUUUCUCGUCGUCGGCGCUAGACGAGCAGCUCGAUAAGACUAAGAAGCUACUCAAGGUCAAGAAUCUCAAUGCGCUAAGCGGAAUGGGGCUUAAUCGACCUCCUGACACGGUCAAAGAGAUUCUGAGCUUUCUGAUGGGUCAUUUAUGGCCUAAUGAGAACUCCGAGGAGGCUAAGGAAAUAAAGAAGAAGGUGCUCAUCUCGGCGGGCCUUGUGGUAGCGUCCAAAGCAAUGACAAUCCAAGUGCCUUUUGUCUUUAAAGAGCUGGUGGACAGCAUGGGGGAGGUAUCAACUGUCGUAGCGGGGUCACCCGAAAUUGCGGUGCCUCUGGCCAUGGUGCUUGGCUACGGAGUAGCGAGAUUCAGUGCUAGUGCGUCAUCCGAAUUGGCCAAUGCCGUAUUUGCGACAGUGGCUCAGAAGACCAUCCGAAAAGUCGCAGUGCGAGUGUUCGAGCACUUGCACGCCUUGGAUCUCAGAUUUCACUUGGAUCGGCAAACGGGUGCACUGUCACGCAUCAUCGACCGUGGGUCUCGAUCAAUUGAUUUUGUGCUGCGUGCCAUGGCAUUUAGAGUGGUGCCGACGUUGCUGGAGAUUGGGCUAGUAAGCAUCAUCAUGGCUACGAGUUUUGGCCUGCCGUACGCGGGUGUAACACUGGGUACGCUUAGUGCGUACACGACGUUCACGGUGCUGGUCACGCAGUGGCGCGAUGAAAUUCGUCGUGAGAUGAAUCGCCUUGAGAAUGAGGCUGGUGCGAAAGUUAUUGAUUCAUUGAUGAAUUAUGAGACGGUCAAGUAUUUUAACAACGAAGAGCACGAGACAGAGCGCUACGACGAAUCGCUAAAAGGGUAUCAGCAAGCGGCACUUAAAACGCAAACUUCUUUGGCGAUGCUGAACGUCGGACAGAACGGUAUCUUUAGCGUUGGUCUUACAGCCAUCAUGUUCAUGGCGUGCGAAGGGAUUGCUGCUGGCUCGCUCACCGUUGGUGACUUGGUGCUUGUGAAUGGUUUGUUGUUCCAGCUGUCCAUCCCUCUUAACUUUAUCGGUAGCAUUUACCGUGAAGUGCGUCAAUCAGUCACGGACAUGGAGUCCAUGUUCAAGCUGGGUGCUGUGACGCCUGUCAUUACAAAUCCGGACAAAAAUGUGAGCUUAAUUGGCAAAGAGCCGAAAUCCAUUGAAUUCUGCGAUGUAGACUUUGGGUACAGCACGGAGCUUCCAAUCCUACGCAAGACGUCGUUCAAGGUUGACGCUGGCAAGCGCGUUGCUAUUGUUGGUACUAGUGGUUCCGGCAAGUCUACGGUACUCCGAUUGUUAUACCGCUUUUACGACCCCCAGAAUGGCUCAAUCCUCAUUGACGGAAAGGAUAUUCGCCAGAUAAGUCUGGACAAGCUGCGUCAGGCAAUUGCAAUUGUCCCGCAAGACACCGUUUUGUUUAAUGAGUCAAUAUUCUACAACAUCAAUUACGGCCGUCUCGAUGCGACUCCAGAGGAGGUGAUGAACGCUGCCCGUGCCUCCCAGAUCCACCGAUCGAUCGAGACGUUCCCGGAUGGAUACAACACUCGCGUGGGUGAGCGCGGAUUAAAGCUUUCCGGUGGCGAGAAGCAGCGUGUGUCGAUUGCGCGUGCAAUACUCAAAGAUGCGCCGAUUCUGCUAUUCGACGAAGCCACCAGUGCCCUAGAUUCAGAGACUGAGUCGGAAAUCGUGCGUGAGCUUGCAUCCGUUGGCGCAAACCGCACGUCGCUCAUCAUUGCUCACCGUCUGUCCACGAUCCAAAAUGCCGACGAGAUCAUCGUGUUCGACAAAGGACACGUGGCCCAGCAGGGAUCGCACGAGGAGUUACUGCGCGAUGUCGAGGGCAGAUACGCAGAAAUGUGGGCUCGUCAGAAUCAACACGUGCUCGGACUACUCGGCACCGUCGACGAGGACGACAUCGAGACGAAGACUAAAGGUAUAGAAAGAAGCCCAUGA